AAAAGAGGUAAGCGGAUGAUGACCUCCGCUCGGACAAAACAUGUCAGCCUUGUAGGAAAACGUGACUGUUUACAGCCAGCGCUGUGGACGGAUUUUGACUCCAAACAUACCUGUUAUAUCUGUUUCUAUCACGGUCCGCUUUGCUUUACUUUAACAGUGCACUCAGCAGAGCGAGGCACUUUGGCUGGCUGGCCGCUGUAGCCGGCCGCCGUCAGGAAGCCAGUUUAAGAAACUUGUGAAGUUCAGCUCGGAGGGUCUGGCUUUUCGGUUUUAGUAAAGCCCGUGUUAAUCUGAGCAGAAUGCCUGCAGGGACCUUAUUUGUGUCGAAGUUGCCCGCCUCGGCGAGCAGUGAGCGUCUGGAGGAGCUGUUCUCUGAAGUGGGACCUGUGAAGCGCUGCUUCGUGGUCAAAGCUAAAGAUUCGGAAAAAUGCCGUGGAAUUGGAUAUGUUACAUAUGCCAUGGGAGAGGAUGCUGAAAGAGCACUGAAAGAAAUUAAUAAGUAUGAUGGACACAAAAUAUCUGUAGUGUUGGCAAAGAAGAAGCUUCCUGAUAAAAAGAAAAGAAAAGAAAAGAAAGAUCUGCAAGAAACAGAAAGUCCCAAGGAAGUACCAGAAAAGAAAUGUCAUCAAAAGGAUAAAGGCAUGAAGAAGAAUAAGAUGAAGGCCAGGCUUAUAAUCAGAAACCUAAGUUUUAAAUGUUCUGAAGCUGAGCUCAAGGAAGCUUUCUCAAAAUUUGGGACAGUCCUGGAUGUCAAUAUACCUUUAAAACCAGAUGGGAAGAAACGAGGCUUCGCUUUUGUUCAGUUUAAAAACAUGCUUGAAGCAGGAAAAGCUUUAGCGAUAAUGAACCUGAAAGAAAUUAAAGAUAGACAGAUUGCAGUAGAUUGGGCUGUGGCUAAAGACAAGUUUGUGACUACUCAGUUAGGAGCGGCAUCAGUGAGUGAAAAAGACAAAAACGAGAGUUCAAAGGAAGGAGGAGUUGGUGAAAACUCAGACAUAGAGGAUGAGCCUCCAGCAAAAAAAUCCAAAGCACAGCAAGAGGAAGAUGAGCAGAGUGUGUCUCCAUCAGAUGAGGAUGAAGAUGAGGACCAUAAAGAGAGUGAAGGUGAAGAGAGUGGCAGUGAAUCUCAGGAGGCAGACAGUGAUGACAGUUGCCCUGCAUCAGAAGACGACGACGAUGAUGAUGAUGAUGAUGAUGAUGAUGACGACGAUGACGACGACAUCAUUGAUGAUGACAUUGAUGAUGAAGAUGAAGAAAAUACUCAACGGAAGAAAAAGAAAGCGAAGAACGCCCUUCCUUCAGAUGUGAAUGAGGGAAAAACUGUUUUUAUCAGAAACCUGUCAUUUGACUCUGAGGAGGAAGGAAUAGAAGAAAUUCUCUUACAGUUUGGAGAACUGAACUAUGUGCGGGUGGUACUACAUCCUGAAACGGGACACUCAAAAGGCUAUGCCUUUGCUCAGUUCAAAUCUAAAGAGGCAGCAGAAAAAUGCCUAGCAGCGGCACAGAAUGACUCUGAGACAGGUGGAGUGAGGGUUGAUGGGAGGAAGCUGAGUAUUGUGUUGGCGGUGAGCAGAGAUGCUGCUGCCAAACUGAAGACCAAGACAGUGAAAACUCACAAAGGCUCCAGGAACCUCUACCUUGCCAGAGAAGGCUUGAUUCGAGCUGGAACCAAAGCAGCAGAAGGAGUGUCUGAUUCUGAUAUGGCCAAGAGGGCCAGGUUUGAGGAGCUGAAAAGAGCAAAGUUGAAGAAUGUCAACAUCUUUGUGUCCCAAACACGGUUAUGUGUUCAUAAUCUGCCUAAGAACAUAGACCGCCAACGUCUCCUCCACCUCUGCCUCUUCGCUGCAGGGGGAGGCAAGCGGGUCCGGAUUACUGAGUGUCAUGUGAUGUAUGACAGGAAGCCAGUGCGUGGUCAGAUAAUGGGGAAGCCACUAGGUUAUGGCUUUGUGGAGUUUAAGGAGCACGAGCAUGCCCUCCAGGCCCUGCGUCACCUUAACAACAAUCCCAGCAUCUUCAGUGCCAACAAGAGGCCCAUUGUGGAGUUCUCUUUGGAGGACACCAGGAAGUUAAAGCUGAAGGCCAUGCGAUUGCAGCAGAGCAAGGUAAAACUUGCCUCUGUCUCUGGAGCUGAGAAGAAUAAGUCGCUAAAAGCCGGAAAACAGGAAGGAGGAAGCAAGCAGCCUCAGCAGAAGUCUCCUGGUAAGGGUAAAGCUGCAGCACAGCGGACAGGUGGGGCCAAGACAAACACUGAGUAUGAAAAGGGAGUCCAGAGUGGUCACUACUCAGGUUUUAGAACCACACCAGAAGUGGAACAUGUCGAACUACAAGACGGCAAAAAACGCCAGAAGGUUCUUCCUAUGCCUUCACACAGAGGUCCAAAGAUCAGGCAAAGGGAUAAAGGCAAGCAGCCUGUUCAGUCUAAGACGGUGAAGAAAGGACCCAGCAGAAAAGACAGAAACGUGUUUUCACUUGCGAAACCUAACCAAAAUAAGAAACAGAAUGCCAAACCAGUGAAGAAAACAUUCCGGAACAAAGACCUCUUUGAAAACCUGGUGGAGCAGUACAAGAAGAAGCUCAUGGGUGCCUCGAGCUCUAAGGGUUCACUCGUCAGAAAGAGCAAAUGGUUCAGCUGAGAGAGUGUGUUGUAUGUGAAUGAGCACAUGCUAUGGCGUGUGGGACUGAAUAUGUUUUACUUGGCAUCUCUGAAAUGACGCAUUUUAUAUGAAAAAUUUUGUCACUGUUUGUUGCUUAACCAGUUGUUUUGCUCUUUGUGAGCGGUCCUUCUGGUACGCUGCCAGCAAUAUUGGGGUCUGUCUGGUUGAUAGACCUAUGGCAAAUAAAUAUUUAGGUAAACAUA